AUGUAUUAUGAAAAAUCUGAAUUUGACCUGAUGAAAUAUGAAUUGGUAGAAGAAGAAGAACUUGACAUUAUUUUAACUAGGACAACAGAUUCAUUAUAUGUCAUAAUGGUCCAGAGCUAUGUUGUAAAAAUUUAUGUACUUCAUUCAGUGAAAUCUCCCCCCACAUAUCCUCUAGGUGCUUCUCCAUUGUUCAAGGAGGGGAAGAAAUUAGAGGGAGCCAAGCCUGAAGGCCCCGAGGGAGCCAAGCCUGAAGGCCCGGAAGGAGCCAAGCAAGUAGGCCCUGAGGGAGCAGAGUAUGCUGCUGUCAAGCCUUUGGGGCCUGUUGCAGAAACCUUUAAAAUUAUUCAGGGAGCAAUCAGUGAAGACGUUGUGAGGACUACCCAAGGCGUUUAUCUGUUUGAACUAUCUGGUGAUGAAGGAGGAACUUGGUACAUUGAUCUUAAGAACAAAGCUGGGAGUGCAGGAGUUGGAGAGCCUCCUGUGAAAGUUGAUGUGGUUAUGAGCAUGUCCACCAAUGACUUUGUGAAAAUGUUUUCAGGCAAACUAAAGCCAACCAUGGCUUUCAUGUCAGGAAAACUGAAAAUCAAAGGUAACAUGGCCUUAGCAAUGAAGCUGGAAAAAAUGAUGUCUCAGUUCAGCUCCAAACUUUAAUUGGAAGGCUUAUUGUGUGGAACAUUGGCCUUUAAUAAAAAUGUAACCCUGUUGUAUAAAGCACUAAUUCUUGAUUUUUUUUGAUGUAUUAUGAAAAAUCUGAAUUUGACCUGAUGAAAUAUGAAUUGGUAGAAGAAGAAGAACUUGACAUUAUUUUAACUAGGACAACAGAUUCAUUAUAUGUCAUAAUGGUCCAGGUGUCUUGUUCCUCUCCUCUGGGUCCUGCAGCUCUGUCUGGUUUUGGAGAGUAUUUCCAUUUCUUCCUCUUUAGAUCCCUCAUUGGGUUUGAGGCUUCCAUGUUCUAAUCAUCAUUUUUUCUAAAGAAGAAGGCUUAUACUGGAUUUUCUUCAAGUUAAUCAGUUGUACUGAGGAGCAAUAAAAUAAAGUGAAGGUCACACAGUGUGACCAUAAGGUAUUCCCUUUUCUUUAAGAGCUAUAAACUUACUGCCUCUUGUGCUGGAAGAGCUUCAGAGUUGAGAGACUGGAAUCAAUUUGCCAUAAUAGCCUUGCAAGGCUAUGUGAUUAGUAUGCUGGCAAUUCAAAAUUAUAGAUUUGUACUCACAAUUAUACAAAUAUAAAUUGAUGUUUUGGGGUUUUUCUCUUAUGUGUUACAUUUUUUUCUAUACUAAACCUUUUACUGUGGAACUAAGGAGUUCUAAAAUUUCUAAGUCAAACUUGGGAACUCUUAGUAAAUUAUACUAAUUUAAAAAAAUAGACUGCAAGCCUUUGUGACAAAGUGCCUAAAUAAUUCAAAUAAUAAAGUUUUUACAGAAAAUAUUUUAAACAUAAUAGAAUUGCUGCUGUAAACUCUGUCCUGCCAAGCUGUACUCAAAUUAAUUAAAUAAACAGAAGUAUUUUA